AUGUUUCUCAUUUCAGCUGAAGCCGGGAUACUAGCCGAGACUAUUCGAUUCAAUAGAGAUGCCAAUUUUGUUUACUCGAAGUAUGCCUAUGGCCCUAUUGAUUACGUUGAGUUUGACGGUAAGAGGAUCCCUGCGACCCCAGCAAAUAAACCCUGUGCCCCAGACAAGGACUGCUGGAAAGAGAUCAAAGGCAGCAACUACUACAUCGCGACGGGCCCUCUACAGGGACCACACGCGUCGGUAACUGUGGAGCCUGCCGUUGGUGUUGGUGGAAAUCCAUAUAUAUUUGCGUACAAGAAGCAACACGUUCCGAGACUGCAAAAGGAUGACCAUGUGAUUUUCACUGGACGCAUGGGAAAUAGACAACGAAAAGUUUUCAUCAAGUUUAAGGGGGGAACUUCUUACGCUCUUAAACUUGUACCAACUGCUGGGACCUGGAAGGCCGUGGUGACAUUCGUCGAUAACACGCAGCCCCUAACGUCGGACAAUUCAAGAGUGAUGUACGAGACUCUUAGAUUCAACAAGAACGGCAAUUACGUUUACUCGAAGUAUGCCUAUGGCCCUGUUGAUUACGUUGAGUUUGACGGUAAGAGGAUCCCUGCGACCCCAGCAAAUAAACCCUGUGCCCCAGACAAUGACUGCUGGAAAGAGAUCAAAAAAACUCAAUACUACAUCUUUGAGGGCCGUCUGAGAGCCCCCCUCGCGUCGAUAACUGUGGAGCCUGCCGCCGAUGUUGGCGGACAUCCAUACCACUUUGUGUACAAGAAGCCCAACGCUCAGUGACUGCAAAAGGAUGACCAUGUGCUUUUCACUGGACGCCUGGGAGACAAAGAACGAAAAAUGUUGAUCCAGUUCAAGAGUGGAGUAUCGUACAUAUUAACAAUCGAACCGGUGACUGGGACCUGGAAGCCCGCGGUGACAUUUGUCGACAACACGAAGCCUCAAAAGGCGGCAGAACCUGUAACGGAGAAGCCAGCCGUUGGCAAGGCGGACCCUGAGCUUCUGUGGGGACAAGGGGAAAGCGGUGCAGAAUGGUCCUAUGAAUUGGAUGUAUCCUAA